CCUUCACACUUCUCUAAUCCAUUCUAAUUUUCUCAUAUAUAGUAAUUAAUUUCUUUGUUUAAUUUUCUCAUAAUUAUCAAUUUUUACUUCCAAUGGAAAGCAAUCAAUCAUCAGUACCUCUUAACACCAUCAGGUUUCCUAUUGCUGUUAAUAAUAACAAUGGUGUUGAGCAACAACUAGCAACAGUACUAGAGCUUGAAGCCAACAAGGACGACACGUUUGACUACUCGAAAAGAGCUCAAUGGCUUCGAGCAGCGAUUCUCGGGGCCAACGACGGAUUAAUCUCCAUUGCGUCGCUGAUGAUGGGUGUUGGUUCCGUCAAACAAGACAUUGAAGUCAUGAUUUUAACUGGCUUUGCUGGUUUAGCUGCCGGUGCUUGCAGUAUGGCAAUUGGUGAAUUCGUGUCUGUGUAUUCGCAGUUGGAUAUCGAGUUGGCUCAAAUAAAGAGACAACUCGAAAACGGAAACGGAAAUGAAGAAGGGGAGAAAGAGAAUUUAGCGAACCCAUUGCAAGCAGCGGCCGCGUCGGCUCUUGCUUUUUCAGUGGGUGCAACUGUGCCAUUGCUGGCUGCUGCUUUCAUAUCAAAUUAUAAAGUGAGACUUGCUGCGGUGGUCGGAGCUGUGAGCUUGGCUCUGGUGGUGUUUGGAUGGUUUGGUGCCGUGUUGGGCAAGGCACCAGUCAUAAGGUCUUCUGUUAGGGUUUUAGUUGGAGGUUUGAUGGCUAUGGGUAUAACCUUUGGUCUAACCAAAUUGAUUGGAUCAACUGCUCUCUGAUUUUAUCAAUUUGGAUGACUGGAACUGGUAGUUAUGCUUAAUUAUUGUAUAUGCAUGGAAAUAAGAUUUGGUUAGAUUUUAUUUAAUUUGGCUAUGGCUUAUAACGUAUGGUCUAACCAAAUUGUUGUAUAUGCAUGCAUGGAAAUAAGCUUUGUUUUGGUGUAAGAUUGCUGUGGAAAUAGCCAAUAAAUAGGUGUGCUUUUUUUUAUGAAAAAUUAUUGUGUGAACU